AUGUAUCUACAGGUUGAAGUCAGAAAAUCAGAUCGGCCAUAUCUGAGAUUCCUGUGGAAUACAGACUCGCAGUCGGCUCCAGACGUGUACGAAUUCAACCGGGUGGUAUUCGGUCUGAACUGCUCCCCGUUCUUAGCGCAACUGGUCGCGCGAGAGCACGCUAAGACACUAGAUCCAGAAUUCGCCCGUGCAGCCGAGAUGAUGCUCGAAUCAACUUACAUGGACGACGGUAUGGACUCAGUCUCUACGAUUUCCGAGGGUGUGGCCCUGUACAAGAGUGUGACAGCAGCAUGGAAGGGAGCAGGCAUGGCAGUGAGGAAGUGGCUGUCGAAUGCUCCGGAGCUGUUGGGUCACAUACCCAGAGAAGAUCAGGCAACGCAACUCAGCCUGAACGGAGACGGCCCAUCCCAGAUUAAGACUCUAGGGAUCAGUUGGUUGAGCGACAGCGUCAUGUUCAGCUUUCAGGCUGUCAUACCACCUGACGAUAUGAUGAUGACGAAGAGUAACAUCCUCCGAAAGAUCGCGACGAUCUUCGACCCGCUAGGAUUUCUGGCACCAGUGAUCAUCCGUGCCAAGAUACUGAUGCAAGAGAUCUGGGCUAGCGGUGCAACUUGGGACAAAGUGCUUCCCGUCGAACUGAGCUCACGUUGUAGACAGUGGUUCCAGGAUCUCCUUGCACUGAGCUCAAUUCAAGUGCCACGCUGCUUGCAGGCCAUUGAAGGCGCUACACCGCAAGAUGUCGAGCUUCACGUAUUUGAGCCGUCAGAUGCAAAAAGGUACCUUAUGACAUUUUUGGCCAAAUCGAGUUAA